AUGGACACUGCGACGCCCAACAUCACCCACGUUGAAUCACCCGGCCGCUGGGCUGCUUCAGGAUACCUCAGAGACAUUGCGCUCACGCCCAAGUCCUUGGCAACAUCUACCGUGGUUGUGGCUCUCAUCGCGGGCUGGGUUGCCUUAUGUGCCUUCUUCCGCUUCAGACGCAUCACCAACCUUCGCAGCCAAAUGGGCUUCACCGAUCGUCGGUCCCUGGCGCGCAUGACCAAUAACCAGGCCCACCUCAUCCUCAAGAACAUUAUAGAUUUAGAGUUCCCCAAGCUGUACAUCCUGUCUCUCCAGUUCGCCAUCUUCAAGACCUAUGGCUUCGAGUCCCUGUCAAAGCUCAUCAUCGCGACCAAGAACUUGGCCAAUCCCGCCAACGCCAAGAAGAGAUAUGAGGAUACCACUAUUCUCUUUGGAGAAUUCUCCCUGAAUCCUCCCACCUCAGACCGCGCCCUCAAGGCCAUAUCGCGUAUGAACUACCUCCACAGCCGAUACAUAGCCGCCGGCCAGAUCUCCAACGCAGACCUCCUCUACACCCUGUCCGUCUGCAUCACCGAGCCCAUCCGCUUCAUGCGCCUAUAUGAGUGGAGGGCUCUGACCGACAUGGAGGUCUGCGCAAUCGGCACCCACUGGAAGUCCAUUGGCGAUGCCAUGGACAUACAGUACAAGGGCUUCCUCAGCCAGGAGUCGUGGGCCGACGGUAUCGAGUUCGUUGACGACAUCGCUGCCUGGGCCGCCCGAUACGAGGUUGACGCCAUGAAACCCUCCAGGCUGAACUUCCAGGCCAGUUCCCAGUUGGUUGAAAUGAUGCUCUUCCACGUUCCGAAUUUUGCCAAGCCGUUUGCUCAGGAGGUGCUCUACGUUCUCAUGGGAGACCGCAUUCGCGCCGCUUUCUGCUUCCCCGAGCCCGGCAUCGUCGCAGCCCUCGUCGCAUACGCAGCCCUCGUCACCCGUCGCUUCGUCAUCCGCCAUCUCAUGCUCCCACGCCUUACCCCCGUCGUCUACUUCUCGAGCCCGGACCCAAAAACGGGUCGCAUCCUGCAUUAUGACUACCUCGUCCACCCGUACUACAACCCCGUCACUUUCUGGAACCGCUGGGGCCCUAUCGGCCUGGUGACCCGGCUCCUAGGAGGGACGGUCCCUGGCCCCGACAAGAUGAUGCCGCAGGGUUUCUUGUUCGAGGACAUUGGCCCCCGGGAGAAAAUGGGCAAGGGCUCUGACGAGAUGGCACAGGGUGUUGAGGUGCUGAAGAGCAGUGGCCGUGAUGCCUGCCCUUUCUUUUGA